AUGCCUAAAGCCACGACGCCUCCCCCGGUCUACGCCGCCCUCAAGGACACCACCCUGUUCGCUCCCUUGAAGCUGGGUGGUCUCAGCCUCCAGCACCGUAUCGUUCAGGCCCCUACGACUCGCAUGCGAAGCGAGUUCGAGUCCCGCGGAGUCCACGUUCCCGGCGCUCGCGUGGCCAAGUACUACGGCGAGCGCGCCAGCGCAGGUGGUCUUCAGAUCACCGAGGCCACCGACAUCUGCCUCGACGCCAGUGCCUACCCCGGCGUCGCGGGUGUCUUCACCGACUCUCAGCUGCAGGGAUGGCGUAAGGUGACCGACGCCGUCCACGCCAAGGGCGGCUUCAUCUACGUCCAGCUUUGGCACACCGGUAGAGCAUCGUCCGCGGGCAUGCGCGGGGGCAACACUCCCAUCUCAUCGGGAACUCAGCCUAUGGACGGAAAGUACCUGGACGGCACCGAAUGCAAGGACGGUCCUCCCAGGGCCAUGACUGUUGAUGAGAUCCACGACCUCACCGCCGAGUGGGCUGCUGCUUCGAAGCGGGCGGUUGAGGUUGCAGGUUUCGAUGGUGUUGAGAUUCACGGCGCAAACGGUUACCUUCUUGAGCAAUUCCUUCACGACAACAUCAACACCCGCACAGAUGAGUAUGGCGGCUCCAUCGAGAACCGCUCAAGAUUCCUGCUCGAAGUCGUGCAAGCAGUGACCGCCGCCAUCGGACCUGAGAAGGUCGGCCUUCGUCUCUCCCCCUACAACUACUUCCAAGGCACAAAGGACAGCGACCCCAACAAGCACUGGACCUACAUCUCCCAGCGCCUGGCCGACCUUUCCGAGAGCCAAAGACCCGCAUACGUUCACAUGAUUGAGCCCCGUUUUGAUGAGGUUCUCGACGAGGAGCAGAAGCUGGCGUCGCUGGGCAAGCAGAGCAACAACCUGACCCAGUUCCGUGACAUCCUCAAGCCCGCCGGCAUCCACUUCCUGGCCGCCGGCAACUUCAACAGGGACAACGCCGUCACCAAGCUCAAGACCGGAGAGGCCGACGCCAUCGUGUUCGGCAGGUACUUCAUCGCCAACCCGGACCUGGUGGAGCGUUUGAGAAACGGCUGGCCGUUGAACCCCUAUGACCGCACGACGUUCUACGGGGCCGAGCCCCCUGAGAAGGGAUACAACGAUUACGAGUUUUACAAGGUUGAUAAUGCGGAGAUUAACGCGCAUGCAUAA